GCUAUUCGACGAUUGGUUUCUUUAAAAUUUCAAAAAAAGACGUGAGCCUCCGAGAUAUGACAAGAAGUUUUGUAUUUACAAAGUCAGUUUGUUGUCGAAACAUUUUACGUUUUAAUUUAGAUUAACAUUUUAUUUUGAAUUAGUUGCAUAGCGCAGAGUCUAAGCAAAGGAACAUGGACGAGAAAAAUAAAGAUCCUGCAAGAACUGUGCAAGAGCUGCGCAAGCAGAAACUUCUGGAGUACCUUGCAAACAAAGGGAAGCUGAAACCACCUAAUCCCAAACCUUAUCUAAGGGAUAUCCCAAAUACAAAGAAGGUACUACCAACGUCAUCCUGCCAAACGUUUUCACGUGUGGCCAGCAAAGAUAAAGAGAAUUCCUGUCCUACUGUGUCUAAAUCAAUAGUGAAUAAGAGCAAGAUCGGAAACGGCGCAAAUUGUUCUAAUUAUGCUGUGUCUAUUGAUGACCGUAAGCCUUGGAAUUCAAGCACUCUGAUUUCAAGACCAUCUGUGAAGACCUCUGUUUCCUCCAAGCCCUUGCCAAGUAGUUCUGCAGCAAAGCCCCCUAGUCGAUCUGCAUGUGUACCUUUGGAAAACCUUAGGGUUUCUGGAGCAUCACGGCAACAUCUGUCUGCAAAAGGUUUAAUUCCAAACCAUCGGCCUUCCAGUGCCACUCUGCAGCCCUCCUCAAGGACCCAACUGCUACCUUCUGUAAGGACUGCAGUUAAAAGAGCAGGGGAGGGAGCAUAUGUUCACAAUAAAACCACAGCCAAUCAAUUUGCUAAAGACUCUGGCACAUUUCGAUCAUUUGGAGACUUAAGAGCCACACGGCUGUCUUCUAGGGUAGUGGGUACAAAAACUGCCCUCGCUGGAAGGAGACCAGAAGAAGCAAAGAGCAACUGCAAGACAGACGGGCAGAGUUCCAGGACUGUUGCAGUCCAAGACCAGAAAUCCAUGAUCCCACUCUCAAGCGGACAUUCCCGUAGAUCUUUUCAAAGUCAGGCACGUAUCAAAUCCUGUGAUAGAGUAAGUGCACGUAAAGUUACAGACAGACGUACGCUUGGUUCUCGGACUGCUGCCUUCACAGAUAAGAACAGACCUUCUUCUGCAACCUUUGACAUGCACUUUUCAAGACGGGAACCUAGUGAAUUGAAAAACAAUGUAAAAUCUGCUGAGGGAAAUAAAAAAAUACUUUCCAAUAAACGUAGUAUAUGCAAAAAGGAGAAUAACCACCCAGUGGCAAGCAAUACGAUGACUACCAGGCCAUCCUCAUUGCCCAAUUUGCCAUCUAGACAGUCUCAACUAAGCUCAAAGGAAAAUUCUGUAAACAAGCUGGCUGAUGGCAUACAUGGAUUUACUGCCAAAGAGGAAGAAAGGAUCCGAAAGUUGCAAGAAUGGCAGAAAGCCAAAGGCAAAGCAUAUAAACGACCGCCAAUGCCCACACCUGUGAAAAAAGUGGAGGUAAAAAAUGAACUUCCGACGAAACAAUCAUUCUGGGCUACCAUAGAAGAAGAGGAUGCCAUUAAUAGCCUGGUGACCAGCAUUGAUCGUAUGCUGUCAGACUGCUUGGAACUAAUACACAAGGGGUGUCCAUCAGAGGAAGUGCUUGACAUCAUGGCUCGCAUGCCUGUUGCGAAAAAGUUUGCUCGGUAUUGGAUGUGUAAGGCUUGGCUAAUGGAACGUGAUGGGAAUUAUGAUGUCCUACCACUUUUUGAAGAAGCUGUGCGGGACGUUGCUGAGCCUGUUGAACAACUUCGAGCUGUUAUAUUUGAGAUAAUGAAAAAAAAGGAAGAUAACAAAGUGGCUUUAAAUUCUGUCCCUGAGGAGCCAACUACUCCUCUCCACCUGAGCAGCAGUGAACCUGUUCCAGUGGAAGACGACUCAAGUAAGGCUACUGAGAAUGAGCCAAAGACACCAAAGUCCCUUAAUGUCCUGCUCAGAACUGAGAAGAAUGGAUCUUCUGUUGUCAAAUACAAAGUUACAAGCACAGCUGGUGGUGCAGAGAAGUGCCACAAGACACCAGUCCAUUUGAGAGGACAGGAGCUAAAAUUUCUGACCCCUGUGAGAAGAUCUGUUCGAAUUGAGAAGCGCUCUUACCCGCAUGCACUAGAGGAGCACGACUUAUGUGUAGCAUCUUACCAGGAGCUGAUGGCUGCCGAAGAUAUGGACAACGCAAAAUACGUUUACAGGCAGAAUGACGCAUUGCAGGACCAGAUCCAGAUGGAAUUUGUCCUAUCAAGCUCUGGGGGUUCUUCCUUUGACGAGCACCGUGUUUUUGCUUUUUAGUGCUGUGUAACAUAAAAAUGGAAGGAAAAACAAAGUAAAAAUGUAUUUAUUUUGAUAUAUUAAUCAUGGCUUUUUAAUAAUACUUAAGGAUUUUUUUUUCUUCAGUUUUAACCAUUCAUGAUUACUUACCAAUAUCUGGGUUAUAUUAUAAUGAGACAGGCUUGACUAGGUUGAGAAGGCUAGUGCUUCUGUGAGUAGCUGGACAGCCAAAUAAUUCUGACUUGUGAGUUCUUUUUUUUUUUUUUUCUGUUCCAAAUAUGUCCUUUUCUUUUUUUGUAAUGGCAUUGCUGUCUGUUCUUUCACCUCUUCCAGCUUGAUACACCAAUGCCACUUCAGACAACACUUGCAUUCAGCUACUGCUCACUACAAAUUGGAGAGUGGCGCUAAUGCAGAAUUGUGUGUAUGUUUGUGUUUUGUUUUUGUUUUUUUCUUAUUUAAAUCCUUGUCUCUAAUUUUUGUUUGUCUCCAGAUAAAUACACAUAAAUGAAAUGUAAUAGGAAAAGAAAACUGUAUAACAAUACAUUGUUAAUGUUCCAGACUCUCAUGUCCUCCAUUUCUUUGAGGCAACAUCGAUAAUGAAGCAUGGCAGUUGUGGGUAUUUUUUAGACAAUUUUUUGAAAACUAUUGCAAAUAACAAGUACAUUCUUUUGAGCCUACAUACUCGGGACUAAAUCCAUAUUUACGCAAUGGUGGACAUUUGUAUAAAUAUGUUUCCAAGUAAGUGGAGCACAAGCUGUGUUCUUGCCAUACAUCGUGAUUAUAUAGAUGUUCUAACUUUAGCAUCUAUUUAGUACUAUAGUAUCUGUUCAGUGAAGGCGACAUUGAGUGAGAGAUGCUUACAUAUUAAUGUACAUCAUUUGUAUUUUCUAUUAAAUAUUCUAAAUUUA